AUGCUGACGUCUUCUCUCGUCAUCAAUACGAUAUUCGGCAGCUGCACGGCGGGAAAAGACCACAUAUACACCAUGGAUGACCCACCCGCAAAAAUCCGUCCGUAUAGAGUACCCGUUAAAUAUCGCGAGAAGGUUAAGAAACACAUCAACCUGAUACUAAAAGCAGGGGUCAUGGAAGGAUUCCAAACUCAUUGGGUCCACAAUUUAGUAGUGAUUAGCAAAAAAGAAACAUCUUUCGGGUAUGCCUCGACACGAGACGUCCAAUCAGAGAAGUGCCCUAAAACACUUCCAGACCCAUGUCCUAUCCCACGUGUUGACGACGUUCUCGAGAAGAUCAGCGGUAAUAUACUUCUAUACUACAUUGGAUCUCGCCAGCGGUUAUUUGCAACUCACGAAGAAGGCAGCUAUAAACGCGGAGCCGUUACCGAGAAUAAGAUCGACCAAAUGACCCACCUCCCCUCUGACCUAAAGUUGGCCAGUAGUUAUUCGUUACGCAUAAUGUCCAAAGUCUUAGGCGGCUUAAAGUGCAACGUACUUACCUACAUAGACGACACACUCCACCUCAUUGACAAGGACCCAUAUUCACCCGCCGAAGGCAGCACGCGAGCGGUUCGCGAAUUCCCUACUCCCACCAACACUAAGGAGGUGAAACGGUUCCUAGGCACGGUCGGGUUUUCCCGUAAAUUCAUCCCCAAUUCUGCGAACAAAGCAGAACCGCUCACUAGGCUAACCACAAAAGCAACAAAUUCCAAUGGUUACUUCAACUACAACAAACCUUUUCACAUCUUCACAAACGCCAGCUCUGUUGCACAAGCAGGCGCUCUUAUGCAGGAAGAACAACACGGUUCCAAUAAGUUCUACGCCAUAGCUUACUGUAGCCGCACGUUAAGAGAAACAGAACGCCGAUGGCCAGCCGCUCAUAUAGAAUUAGGUGCUGUUGCUGAAUUGUUUUCUUUACCUCUUAACGAGGUUUGUACACAAGCUUUAUUAGGCCGACGUUUCGGCGGAGUUUCUUUCGGAAUUUUGCCGACGAAAUUUUUAAGGGGCUGA